AGCGGAGACCUCACAUUCGAGCCGAUCUCGCAGGCCGAGUACGACGCUGCGAAGCUCAAUCCGCUGCUCGCUGCCCCGACUCACCUGAACUAUGGCUUGACGCCGAAUCUGGGCCGGAACGACAUCGGGAAGCGGCGGGGGAGCAGCAAGGUCGACCCGGAGAGGUACCCGCCGCAUCACGUACGAGACGGGCCGAAGUCGGACAAGUGGGUGUCGAAGGAGGCGGAGGCGAGGGCGGAGCUGCCGGAGGAGCCGCACGAGUUGUUCAAGCGCGGCGAGCUGUAUGCGGGCCCGCGUCCCGGCCAGCUGCACUUCUUGAACUGA